AUGGGCGGUUCCCACAGUCGGGAGGGCUUGGAGCUCUCUGAUUCCGACAACGAAGGGGCGAAUGAAGAAGAGAACCAGGAGACGGAGGAAGAGGAAGAAGAAGACGGAACUCCGUACAGAUCCGCGGAGAUGUCCACCGGAACGCCUACUCUGGAUGACGUCGAGGCCAGACUCAAAUCCCUAAAACUGAAGUAUGCUUCUGCCUCUUCCAACUCCCAGAAUGGCCACGCUAAUGCCGCCAAUGCGGCCAAGCUCUACCUUCAUGUAGGCGGAAACUCCCCGAACGCCAAAUGGAUUGUCUCCGAGAAGUUAAUCACCUACUCUUUCUGCAAGUCCUCCCGAUCUGAUGGCCCUGGGGCCUCCGACGAUGAAUCUGAUGGUGACGAAAGCGCGUCCGUCCAGUGGUUCUUGAAGAUCGGGACGAAGGUAAGGGCGAGGGUGGACCAAGGGUUGCAGCUAAAGACGUUCCCUGAGCAGCGGCGGGUGGAUUUCGUGGCUGCCGGCGUUUGGGCCCUGAAGUUCUUCAACCCCGAGGGUUACAAGGUGUUCCACAGCAAGUACCAGAGCUGCCUCUUUGAGAACACGUAUGGAAUGGAAGCCAACGAGGAUAACAGGGUUAAGAUUUAUGGGAAGGAAUUCAUGGGAUGGGCGAAUCCAGAGUUGGCUGAUGACUCGAUAUGGGAGGAUGCCGAGGAGAGCUUUGAGAAGAGUCCCCGCGCGACACCCUCAAAGGUUAAUCAUGGUCUGCUGAAGGAGUUUGAAGAGGCAGCGGAUGACGGUGGCGGUAUUCAGAGUCUUGCACUUGGCGCUCUGGAUAACAGCUUUCUGGUGAGUAAUUCAGGCAUUCAAGUUGUGAAGAACUUCAGCCACGGGAUCCACGGGAAGGGAGUGACAGUGAAGCUUGCGGAUAACGUCACCAGAGGUGGCGGCGGUGGCUUCGGCCUAGGGUAUUCCACUCCUAAGAAGGCACUUCUCAUGAGGGCUGAGACGAACAUGCUCUUAAUGAGCCCUGGAAUGAAUGGGAAGCCCCAUACAACUGGCGUCCACCAGCUUGACAUUGAAACGGGAAAAAUGGUCACACAGUGGAAGUUCGAAAAGGAUGGAACAGACAUAACCAUGAGGGACAUAACAAAUGACAGCAAGGGCGCGCAGAUGGACCCAUCGGAAUCCACAUUCCUGGGGCUGGAUGACAACAGGCUAUGCAGGUGGGAUAUGAGGGACAGGAAGGGAAUAGUUCAGAACCUUGCUAAUUCAAUGGAUACUCCCGUCUUAGAAUGGACACAAGGACACCAAUUUUCAAGGGGGACGAACUUCCAAUGCUUUGCUAGCACAGGUGAUGGGUCGAUUGUGGUGGGUUCUCUUGAUGGGAAGAUCAGGCUGUACUCUAAGAGCUCAAUGAGGAUGGCAAAGACUGCUUUCCCUGGUCUUGGGUCACCAAUUACUCAUGUGGAUGUUACCUUUGAUGGGAAGUGGAUAUUAGGCACAACCGACACCUAUUUGAUACUGAUAUGCACCGUGUUCAAGGAUAAAGAGGGGAGGGAGAAGACUGGAUUUAACGGUCGAAUGGGCAAUAGGAUCGCUGCUCCAAGACUGUUGAAGCUCACUCCACUCGACACUCAUCUAGCUGGGGCAAACAAUAAGUUUCACGGUGGCCAAUUCUCUUGGGUAGAUUUUCUCCGCUUUUCUUCAUGAUCGAGUUAUAACAUAUAUUAUGCUUUGUUUCUGCGUAAUGUCAUUCCUGUCUUAUGGUAAAAAAUGUUCUAUAUAAUAUCCAAUUUAUCUACAAAUGUAAAAUUUUCUUCAAAUCUGGAGUUUGCUAUGACUUUUGGAUGGGCCAAAUCAUUUAUAAUGAUCGAAGACCAUCAAGUUCUUGGAUCAUUAGUAGGAUCUUGUCACAGCUCAGCUUCACUGAGAGAAUUGGUCUACAGAUCCUUUUUUCCUUAUCUUGCUGCUUUGGUGUAUGCGUCUACUGUAUGCAUGUUUAAAUGGCAUGAGGGGAUGACAACUAUUCUCGAAUCUGUUCUUCUUGCACAAAGGGACAUUUUUUUUUCGUCCGAUCCACCUGUGUUUUUACCAUCAAAAGAGGAAUUACUUAGCGGACGGAAUGAAAUAUUACCUAGUCAGUUGGAUCCGUCCUCUAAUUCCUGUCGGUCUGAACUAUCAAUGGCAUAUUACAAGUGGGUCCCUCUCUGUGUCUACGAUAGUAUGGUCGACGCGAACUUCCCCGAAUCACAGAACAGCAGUGUGGUAUACCUCAUAAACCUCAGAAAAUGAAGAUGUUAUUUCCUGACGUGGGUAACCUGCAAGAGUCAACCAGCUUUAUUUCCUGACGUGGGUAACCUGCAAGAGUCAACCAGCUUUGCUCAACUAGUUGAUAUUAUUUACACGACCACUGACCCACAGUUGCUAAAUUUCAGCCAUUUCCUUUAUUGCUCGUUAAUGUUGCUCUUCCACAGUUGUUCUUCGUAUUCUUGAAAAGCAUCUGAAAUUCGAUGAGUAAACCGCAACUCUUAAACGUUGACUUGGGCUGGAACUUGAUGGGUGCAUGAUUAGAAUGCCAAAGAAUCCCGUGAAUGAAAUCCAAAGGUCAACGAUGGGCCAUUGUUCUGCUGAACAAAGAAAGUUUCCAUUUGCCGGUCAAAAUUAUCAGUAAUGUUUUUCAGGAAUCUCUAUUUGAUGCGCGAUUCAUCCACACCUUCCCCCUUUCAGGUCACGGAGAAUGGGAAGCAAGAGCGCCACCUCGUCGCGACGGUCGGAAAGUUCAGCGUCAUUUGGAACUUCCAACAGGUGAAGGACAGCCACCACGAGUGCUACCGCAACCAGGAAGGGCUGAAGAGCUGCUACUGCUACAAGAUCGUCCCCAAGGAGGAGUCCAUCGUGGAGAGCCGGUUCAUGCACGAGAAAUUUGCAGUCAGUGACUCCCCCGAGGCCCCUCUGGUCGUCGCCACUCCCAUGAAAGUCAGCUCUUUCAGCAUAAGCAGCCGUCGCUGA